AUGAGUAGAGUAGUCCAUCGUAGCUCGAAGUCUUUGCAAUUCCUCGUUCGUGACUGGUCUUUCCCAUAUGAAGCGGAGUUCGGUUAUCAAGGAGGACAACGUAUUCUCGACGAUCGGUUGCAGGUCUCAGCGAAACAGCAUCCUGAGCUGCAGCAACUGCGAAAACAUAUUCGUAGUUGCUUUGAUAGCAUUACAUGUUUCCUAAUGCCAUAUCCUGGCAUUAAGGUAGCUACAAAUCCAGACUUCAACGGUUCUUUAGCAGAUAUCGAGCCUGAGUUCCAACAACAGCUACGCGUGAUGAUUCC